CCCCACCAACCCCCCUAGGCGGCUCCCGGGCGCAGCCGCAGCGUAUCACCCACGUUCCAGCCGGAUAAACUAAGAGCCCAAUCAAUCACCGGCGGCUCCGCUCAACGAUCCCUGAUUACCUCGCCACCGGAGGCCAGGAACCUCGAAGCGGACAGCGAGAGGAACCGAUCCAGAGGAGGAGAUGGGCUCCUGCGAGAUGACGGCCACGGAGGUAGCGGCGCUGCUGGAUCUGAAGCCGCACCCGGAGGGCGGCUACUACGCCGAGACCUUCCGCGACUCCUCCGUCUCCCUCACCACCGCCCAGCUCCCGCCGCAGUACAAGGUUGGGCGUGCUGUGAGCACCGCUAUCUAUUUCUUGCUUCCUGCAGGAAGUGUUUCACGCCUGCAUCGUAUUCCUUGCGCUGAAACCUGGCAUUUCUACAAGGGAGAGCCUCUCACGGUCUUUGAGCUACACGACGAUGGCCACAUUGACCUCACCGUAAUUGGCCCACACCUAGACGCUGGCCAGCGCCCCCAGUACACCGUGCCACCAAAUGUGUGGUUUGGUUCUUUCCCUACGUUGGAUGUCGAGUCGUUUGCAUCCGAUGGCAGCCAUCUUGUCAACUCUCGGAAGCGAGACCCCGAGAAGCACUACUCCCUCGUCGGCUGCACUUGCGCCCCUGGCUUCGAGUACGAGGAUUUCAAAAUGGCCUCUUUUGAUGAUGUGAAAACCAUUGCCCCGAAGGCAGAACCCUUCCUCAACUACCUUAUUCCAUCCAACAAGUAAGCAGGACCCGAGAUGUUCAUACUGAAUGCAAGCAGCCUAUUAUGGCAUUUAUCCGGCCUGCCUGUAUUGGCUUUGGAUAUCAUUUUCUUUGGCUCCACGAGGUCUGUGUUUUUAGUCUUAUCACUCUGCUGAAAGAACACUCAUUGUGCCGGUGCUGGUUCCUGGUUGUAACAUUUUAUGUACCAUAAUUAUUGGAAUAAAGUUUGAGCUUGAUGGUGAAA